CGCACGGUCGCGGGUUAGUGACAACAAAGAUGGCGAGUGAAGCAGGAAAGUACAGGAGUGCUAUCAGUAAAAGUAAAGAUCCUUCUGGUUUACUUAUUUCUGUCAUAAGAACUCUGUCAACAAGUGAUGAUGUUCAGGAUCGAGAAGCUGAAAAGGGCCGCUUGGAGGAAGCUUAUGAGAAAUGCGACCGUGACUUGGAUGAAUUGAUUGUACAGCACUACACAGAACUUACCACAGCCAUUAGGACAUAUCAAAGCAUCACAGAACGUAUCACCAGCUCACGCAACAAGAUCAAGCAGGUGAAGGAGAAUUUGCUUUCAUGCAAAAUGCUACUCCACUGCAAAAGGGAUGAAUUACGCAAACUGUGGAUUGAAGGUAUUGAGCACAAGCAUGUACUAAAUCUGCUUGAUGAAAUUGAGAAUAUCAAACAAGUGCCACAGAAAUUGGAGCGAUGUAUGGCAAGCAAACAUUAUCUUCACGCCACAGACAUGCUGGUCUCCGCAGUAGACUCUUUGGAGGGGCAGCUGCUGCAGGUGGAAGGACUGAGCGACCUGCGUCUGGAGCUCCACAGCAAGAAAUUGAACAUGCACCUGGUCCUGAUUGAUGAGUUACACCGCCACCUGUAUAUUAAAUCCACAAGUCGUGUGGGCAGUAAAAGCCGGGACAAGAACAGAAUCGGCUUACUGGGGAAGGAUACAUCUCCUGUUCCUGUUAUUGAUGUCAACUUGGUAUCAACCUCUCGGAAAUUUAUGGAUAGCUCACAGUACAGUAACUCAGGGAGCACUGCUGUGAAGGAGAUAAACCUACAAGAUAUAAAGGAGGACCCAGAGAGUGAUCCAGAGGAGAACAGCAUACUUUUUAUGGGAAUUCUGAUAAAAGCCCUGGCAAAGUUGAAAAAGAUUCCUGAGACAAUCAAAGCCACUAAAGAACGUUUCAAUCAAGAACUGGAACAGAUUGUGAAACGGUCCACAACCCAGGUUGCAGACCAUGCUUAUCAGCGAGGUGAAGUCCUCUCACAAGAGAAUCAACCCAGGUUAUUACUGGAACUUCUGGAGUUGCUGUUUGAAAAAUUCUACGCUGUAGCUGCUGCCCAUAAAGUUGUUCUCUGCUAUCUUCACCAAAUGGUUGUGUCACCUUCUGGUUUGAAUGUGAGCGAGAUCAAACUGUACGACAUGGCAGAAGUGUGGGCUAGGAUCCAGAGUGUGCUUCAGAUACUGUUGACAGAAUACUUAGAUGUGAAGAAUACUCGAACUGCCUCUGAACCUUCAUCACAGCUCAGCUAUGCCAGCUCUGGGAGUGAUUUUGCAGCAUUCUUUGCCAAAAAGAGACCUCAGAGGCCCAAAAUGUCCCUCUUCAAGUUUGAGUCGUCUUCACAUGCAAUCAGUAUGAGUGCAUAUCUCCGUGAGCAAAGACGGGAGCUGUACAGCAAGAGUGGAGAGCUACAAGGAGGGGCUGAUGACAAUCUAAUUGAAGGAGGAGGCACAAAAUUUGUCUGCAAACCUGGGGCUCGGAACAUCACCGUUAUCUUCCAUCCAUUGUUAAGGUUCAUUCAGGAGAUUGAAGUUGCAAUGUGGACUGGCUCCGGCAAGCAGUGCCCACUGAGAGAGUUUCUCACCAUGUACAUCAAGAACUUCUUCCUAAAUCAGGUGCAUCUAGAUGUCAAUAAGGAAAUCGAGGCUGCAACCAAGGUUGCAGAUCCUUUGAAAGUGUUGGCCAGUGCUGAUACCAUGAAAGUGUUGGGUGUGCAACGUCCCCUCCUUCAGAGCACCGUGGUAGUGGAGAAGUCAAUGCAGGACCUGGUGAACCUAAUGCACGACCUGAGUGCAUACUCAGACCAGUUCCUGAACAUGGUGUGUGUGAAGCUCCAGGAGUACAAGGACACGUGUACAAUCGCAUACAGGAGCAUAGUUCAGUCAGAAGAGAAGCUCAUCAUCAGUGCAUCAUGGGCAAAGGAUGAGGACAUAAGCCGACUGCUGACAUCCCUCCCAAGCUGGACAAACAUGGCUCAGCCCAAACAAAUGAGGCCUAAACGAGAAGACGAGGAAGACUUCACAAGAGCUGCCAAUGCGAAGGAAUCUGAAGUGUUGACUGGCAACUUGGGAGACAAGCUUAUACCACAGAAUGAAAUCCUGAGAGAUGUCAGUGAUCUAAAGGCCCUGGCAAAUCUACACGAGAGCCUGGAAUGGUUAUCAGCACGGCUGAAGGGCUUUUUCUCCAGUCUGCCUACAGCUCAGUCACUCUCUCCAGGGCAAGAAGUUCAUGUAAACAUGGAUAUUCCUCCAGUGUCUGAGCAAAUAAUGGAAACUCUCAAUGAUCUUGCAAGGUCGUUUCAAGAAAUGGCUGACCGGUGCCUGCUGGUGCUUCACUUGGAAGUCAGAGUUCACUGCUUUCACUAUUUAAUCCCACUGGCCAAGCAAGGCAACUAUGCCAUCGUUGCGAAUGCAGAGAGCAUGGAUUAUGACCCCCUAGUGGUGCGACUGAACAAAGACAUCAGUGCCAUUGAGGAAGCGAUGAGUGGCAGCCUGCAGCAACACAAGUUCCAAUACAUUUUUGAAGGCCUGGGCCACCUGAUUUCCUGCAUUUUGAUCAACGGUGCGCAGUAUUUCAAGCGGAUCAGUGAAUCGGGGAUCAAGAAGAUGUGCAGGAAUAUAUUUGUAUUGCAGCAGAACCUCACCAACAUCACCAUGUCUCGGGAGGCAGACCUAGAUUUUGCAAGGCAGUACUACGAGAUGCUGUACAACAAUCCCGAUGAGCUGCUGAACCUGGUGGUGGACCAAGGAGUAAAGUACACAGAGUUGGAGUACAUCAAUGCGUUAAGCCUCCUCCACCGCAGCCAAACUGGAGUUGGAGAUCAGACCACACAGAACAUGCGCCUGCAGCGGCUCAAAGAGAUCAUCUGUGAGCAGGCUGCUAUAAAGCAAGCCACCAAGGACAAGAAGAUCACCACAGUCUAAAGAUCCAGCUGCAAAACGGAGACUUAGUGAAGUGCAACUCCAUCCUAUUUAGAAUUGCAGCUAGGCUCAAAGGCAAUUUGCUGUUAUAUUUCGUGUUUGUUUAACUGUUUCAAUCCAUUGGUGAUGAAGUGUGUACAUAGAUUAUAAAGGUUAAGGUGGCAUUAUUGUACCUUGUUGCCUUCUGAGAAGUACCAAGGAAAGUUCUUCAUAGGAAGGAGUUUUGUUCUUGUAGGUCUGCUUUCCUUUUUGCUGGCCAACUAAAACUGUAGAAUUAGCAGGAAACAAUACUCUCUUCUUUUUCCAUCCCCAUCCUUUCUUCUUUAGAGUUCUGGCAUGGUUGCCUGUUGCUACAUCCCUGUGCUUCCUUCACCAUCAACGUCACUCAGUAAUUAGUUGACUUCUAGCAGCAGCAUUGGUUUCUUCACCCACUCUAUCCACCCACAGACAGUGCUAUUGAUGCAGUACAAUACUCCUUUAUUAAAAGCUGGCAAACUUGCCUGCCCAAAGCCAGCAACUUAAAAUCAGUCAACAGAUUUUGGUGCACUCCGUCUGCAAUCCCCCCAACAGCCAAAUUGGCUACAGUUUCCAUUGAAAUUUCAGUUGGUUGCCAUAAAAAGGAUACGCUCCAAAAAAAUUAAAACGGUGUUACUGCAAUGAUGAUGAUCUAUUUGUCAUUUGUACAUUUAAUAUAGUAAUUCAUCCUAUUAAAUACUUCAAAUUGACACAGAGAAUGUCAUUGCUGCAAAGUUUGCACAAUUUGAAUCCAUUGUUCGACAACUAAAGCCUAGAUAGCACAGUCUGAAGGAGUUCAUAGUUUGUGCUAAAUUUGAUUAUCUAACUUUCAGGUUGAGGAUAAAAUUUGAUUAAGCCUUGCAUAUUGGCACACUAGGAGUUACUUAUCUUGAGGAAGGGACUGAGAGGGAGCUAAAGAUCUUAUAUCCCCCUGCCCACUCCCAAGAAAGCACCACUUGUGCAUCCGAGUACAGAUGAGCUGUUCCAGAUGUAGCCGACUGUGCGUCUGGUCACAGGAGAGCACUAAUGCUUCAACUGCUGUCUAAAAUCUCCUAUAAGCCAACAGUAUAAAACUCAAUAAGACACCAAUUUAGAAAAAUGUACUAAAUUGAUCAUGCUAAUUGCUGUAUCAAAAACAAAACAUCAUACUUCUCUGCAGGGCAAGAACACUGUACUUACACUUGCUCCCCGCGGUUCAUAACACACCCAAAAUGUAUGUGUACAAGCCAUUAAAGGUCUUUGAUUUCCCAUGGAAUGUGACCACAUGGAAGUGCUGGAAAAGCCCACCAGGAACCUCCUAAUAGUAAUCACGAUUUCCUUCAGUUGACAGAUCUACUCAGUAUCAACUGAAAAUCCGACUGAAAGCUCACCUGAUGAAUCAGUGGGUAAAGGGCCCACUCAGUUUAACACCCAAACUGUGGCUCAGGUCCUGUUCAGGAUUAGCUUAUUUUAUCCAAGACAGAAUUUGGUUCUUUACAAUUUGCUAUGCCACCCCUUAACUAAAGGAAGAGAUCUCGGCGGAGGGGAGCGUUCAUGUUUUUCAUCAUUGCCCAUUCAUCCAUGUUAGUAUGUGGACGUGUGCACCAGGUCAGGAUUGGGCUGAGCUGUGAUGCUCCCUCUAAUGGAAUAGCUUGCUGAUAUUCAGAGUUUCACACAUGAGAAACAGCCGCUUGGUUCUGGAGGGCGUCUGCUCAUCUGUGGAACCCUGAAUUUAGGACAAAGCAUAAUGGAUUGAGAACCUGAAACAAAAAGUACAGAAUUGGUUUAUCUUGCAUUAUUAAACAUCAUCUCCGAAUUACAGGAGGGCUUUUAGUGACCAAAUAAAGGUAAGGAUGUGCACAGGCCUGGUGCUGAGUGUUUAAGACCAGGGAGUUUCAUGUAAAUGAUUGGGUUACACGAUUAGGCAAAUUCCUCUGAGAUGAAUGGGUGAAAAUAAGGUUAGUGUCCCAACUCAGCUAUAGUGAGAUUUGAUUCUGUGUUUUACCCUGAUUAAUAAAGACGAUUUACUCAAAAUUCAGCGGAGACUAUUUCCACUCUAAAAUGCAUUUCUCGUCUGAUUGGAUUUUAUUAUGGUGUCAUCUGGGAGAUUGAUGAUUAUGGCCUGGGUUUUGAAAGGAGAGCAAUUUGUGCUAAAAUGUGCAAAUGAAAAGCAGGCUCUAUAAGAGGAAGGGUCUCCAGCCGAUAGAGAGCUUUUCAUAAGAAACUGGUGCAAAUGAAUAAGUCCCACACAUGAAAGAAAUCAACACCGAAAGGCUAAGGCUUGUGUCCAGUUGAGAUUGUUGAGUCUUUUCACCUUCUGAAUACACAGUCUACACCGCCCCAGUGUAAAUCACUUAACCCAACUUUUCCAGUGGUUUACGAGACACCUCUUUUUAAUAACUCUGCCUUUUCACCUGUCUCCUUGGAGACCAUUGGCAGACUUCAGAUAUAAUGAUGGUGAAGUGAGUGGGUGAAAGACCAGGUUUGUUUUGGUGUGUCACUCAAAUCCCAGACUCCAAACCAUGUGGUAACAGGGCCUUUAGAUCCAACAUACCACAUACCACUUGAGAUAAACUAAGGUGUCUUUAUAAAAACAUGAAAAUAAGUUGGGAAAGUAGAGGCUUUUCAAAAGAUUUGUUUUGUCCAUGGUAUGUGUAGGCCAAUUAAAAAGGCAUGCCCCUGCUUAAAUGGUGCUGAUCCCCCUUUUAAUUUGUAUGUGCCAAGUCCGCAAAUGAGACAUGCCACAACACACACAUCCUGUACACUCUGUAUUGUUAUGGAUUUUGUCAAUAGAAGCAGCUAAGAAUGAUGUCAAUGCAAGUAAGGCUAACUUUAAAUCAGGACUGGUCAAUCACAAAAAAUACACCUGCACAGAAUUAUUAUUGCAACAUCUGUUUUGUUAUUUAGAUUCACAAAGAAGGAACGAUAGUUUGUGAUUCCAGUCCCUCAACUUCCUCAUAUAAAUGACUAACUGCAUAAUGUAUAUGAGAUUUACGAAUGCACUGCAUGAACCAAUGACCAUUCUGUCCUUUAAUGUGUACGCAAAAUACUCUGCAAUAAAACUGGAAGAAGUUGUUGGUCCGGA